CCCCUAGCCCAGAAGCAUCCUCAUGUGACCGGCGAUCUCACUGAACGCAGAAGCCACCGGCAGCGGAUGUGGGUGGGUCUGAGAUCUCAUCCUUUUUAUCCUUUUACCUUUCAUAACGCUGGGACCAUGAAGCCAAAUCCCACCCGUGCGGUUCACUGGCAACGCCUCUCCAGUUCCACUGGUGUCGUAAACACAUAAGCCAAGUUCCAGUUACAGUUCCACAGUAGGGAAGUGAAGCGCUGAACCAGCCCCAGUCCAGUUCCAGUUCUACAACAACGCCUCUCCAGUUCCACCGGGUGCACUGCAAAUUGCAAACUGAAGCAGCUUCAUCGCUUCCUCUCAAAUUUUUGUUUACACAUAGACAGCAUUUGCCCCUCGAUCAUGUCUCUGUUUCUCUCUAUUUUGUAGCCAUUCUCCCCUAAAUCCCAUCCAAAUCCGCUCUAAAUCAAAACUGUUGGAUUUUUAUCUCAUAAGAGAUUAAAUUUAAUGGAUUUGAUUGAUCAAUUAUAUGAGAAAUUGUAUUUGCACACUUAUUUGGGAAAUUAAUUGUAUUUUAAGAAGAAUUGAUUUGCAUUCCUUAGAACUAAUAGAGAAGAGUAUAGAGGUUUGAUACCAAACGGGUGGUGCACUUUUCUCGCACCCGUUCAAGAUGUCUUCUCUCAUUUAGAUCAGACUUCAAAAACAUACAUUUUUAAAAUCCACCUUCUCUCUUUCUCAGCUUCUCAAAAAUUACAAUCACCCCAUUUCCCAGCAAAAGCUUCAUCGUCAAUUUGUCCGCCUGUCUCCUCUCUCUUUUAUGCAAUCUCCAUUCACAACAGCCACAGCUCUCUCUCUCUCUUGAAGCCAAGAUCUGAAGAUCCUCUGUUCACGUUGUCUUUGGUUCCCUCCAUGGCCUUAACCGUCGUGGUGCUCCUCACCUCUCUCUUCUUCAUGGGUUUCUUCUCUAUCUACAAUGGCCGCUUCGCCGAAGAGAAUGCCCUCGAUUUCUCACGCAGCAGAGGCCAGGCCUUUGCCGCUGUUCACCUACGACUGUGUGUCGAGUGUCUGAGUGAAUUCAACGAGGCGGAGGCCGUGAAGGCGAUUCCUUACUGUGGGCACGUGCAUUUGGUUGUCGGCUCAUGGGUUGUGUCCCCUCUGCCGCUUCACGCAGCUGUUCCCCAAAAACAGUGACGUCUCCGUGGAUAUAGCGGAGGAGAAAGAGCAGGCGGGCGAAUGAUAGAAGGAUAACCAGUGUACUUGCUGCGGUCGUCAACAAGAGGAGAGAUAUCAACGAUGGAGAGUAGAGGUACGUCUGUAGAAAGGGAAGAGGUUGUACCGGUACGAUUGGGCAUGAAAAUGACGAAUACGUACUGUUGGAGCUCAGGGGAGAGGAUAUCGCUACCGAGUUAAAAAUGGGAAGAGUAAAAAAUGGUCGGUUCAUCCAGCCGAACUAUUAAUAACGGAGAAUAUUUCCGUUAAUUGAUGGUUAACACGGAUGAGAUGAUGUGUUCGCAUCUCAUUCGAGGGUGCAUUUGUCCAAUGCACCCAUGGGUGCACAGAACGCGACCUCGUCUUCCGGUGCAAUUUUA